GUUUCUUUGUUAUUCUUUUCCUGGAUUGCUUUCUUAAAUUGGAGUCCUGGCGUGGGCGGAUAAAAUACUCUAUUAUGUCUUGUGGAUGCUCGUAACAUACUUAACUAGUGUGUGGAAGCUCAACUUCACACGCGCAGCAGAAGUUGUCAAUUUGUUCUAUGGAGCAGUGGCCAUAAUGCCAGUGGGCAUGCAAUUAAUAGUUGAUGCUUAUAUAGGCAACUACUGGAUGACCUUGCUCUCCAGCCUCGCUUACACCGCCGUAUGUUUCUCCUGAUCCAAUGUGUACAUGAGGGCAUCUAGUCUUUUCAUUCCUAUUUUGAACACAGUUACUGCACUAUAGUACACUGCAAAAAUUCGGUGCAGUUCUUAUUCUAGUGCAGUAAAAAAGCCGAUUGAAAGAAAAAAAAUUGCAUAAUUUGGAAUUCGUUUCAUAUUUAAUACAUCAAGAAAUGCAGGGUUUAGGUCUUUUGACAGUGUCAUCACCACCGGUACUUUCUGGAGCAACAGACAGUUGCAGCGCAAGCCAGACCCAAUGCCUUAGCCAAGUACAAAAAAUUCUGUUUUAUGUGUCGUUACCUCUAAUAGCUUUAGGAAUGGCUGGUCAGAUAACAUCGGUAGAGGCAUUCGCCGAUCAGAACUCAAAACCAAGUUGGAAGAUGAUGGGUAUUAAUGGCUUGGUCAUUUCGUUCAUUGUGUCGGCCCUUACUUCAGUAUGUGUAGUAUUGGCACUUGGUCAUAUCAAGCCUUGGUGGAUAUUGUUUGGGAUCGCAGCCAUUUGUACCCUGGGAGCAACACUCACUUUCUUGAGUGGUUCAGCUUCGUACAAAUAUCCGAAAUCCCAAGAAAGCGCUAUCACCACUUUGCUAAGAGUCUUUGUGGCCUCUUUCUCCAAACUAUCCAAAACUCAUCCAGGGUGUGAUAGUUUGUAUAUCUCACACAGUUUCUAUCAGAUACCUUAUACUAAUCGCCUCAGAUGCCUCGACAAGGCUGCAAUCAUAUUACCCGCGUCACCUUCUAUUGAGCAACAACAAAAAAGGCGGUGGAGACUCUGCACGGUGACAGAAGUGGAAGAAACAAAAAAGAUAUGGAUGAACUUUAUCCUAAUCGGUGUUGUAUCCUCUAUUGGAAAUACUUACUUCGUUGAACAAGCAAACAACUUGAAUAAACGGUACGGCCUGAAGAUUGAAGGUCAUAGUCGUGGUCCUUUUCCUCUUCUUGUCCUUCUUGUGUUGCAGGAGUAUGCAAGGGCGUUGUUAUCUCACCUUCCUUGGGAAGAACCUUGUAGGCUUUCUAGACCCUUCAAACACAAGGAGGUACGCUCCCCUACUUGCACUGUCGAUGACAAUGGCAAGUUUAUGUUGCAUUGUAGCUGCAUCGGUGGAGCGUCUUAGGUUAUCUGUGGUUAAGAGCCACGGUUUGCUUGAUGAACCGAACGAAGGAAUUCCCAUGAACAGAGCUUGGUUGAUUCCGCAGUUUAUUCUCCUUGGACUCCUUAAUGGGUCUAAAGAGACAGCCUUCCGUUUCUUGCUCCUUGGUGAGGUACCUCAACCCGGUAAUCGGUACAGGGCUUUGGCUCAUGGUGUUUUUGGAGUGGGGAUCGGACUAUAAGCAGUGUGUUGUCUGUUUAUUUAGUGGGUAAAAUGAAACUUAGUUGGUUCCAAGAAACCCUAAACAGGAGUCGUUUGGACAAUUACUACUGGACCUUGGCUGCUUUGACUGCAGCUAAUCUGCUGUUCUAUGUUUCAUUGAGCUUUCCAUGUUGGUCUUCUAAUCAUGAACCGGACAGUGUACAUCGUCCCAACGACAUCCACACUGAUUGUGAAGUAGAAGCAGAGAUGGAUAUCGCUCCUUAGACAACAAAAUCUCGAUUUCUGUCUAUUGUAUAUUUCAAAAGACGCCUUCAAGUCUUGUCGAUAACAUUCCAUGUACAGUAUUA